UCCAGCAAAGUAUUAUUUGCCCCCACCUUUUAGUUCUUUGUCAAUUCUUCACCUAAACUAUCUUCCUCCUUCCAACAGUUUCAAUGGAGGUGAAGAGGGCAUGAUUGUCAUUUCAGGUUCCAUAGACAAAUUGUUCUGUUUUUUAUUUCUCUGGUAGUGGUAGAUUACAAAGGUUGUCUUUUCUUUCGUACAAAGCAGGGGAAAAACAGAGGUUUUCUGGAGAGUUUUAGGCUUGUUUUAGAGGUACCCAUUUCUUUUCAAUCUUAGAUUGACAAUCAAAAAGCUUCAAAAUCUCAACUUUCUUUCUGGGUCUCAUCUAAUAUUCCUGAAAUGUCUCAACUUUCCCACUCAAAAAAUGUCCAAACUAAAAACUAGCCGCGUAUAUAAUUUCAUCAUUUAGUUUUAAUUAUUUAAUUAUUUAUUUUUGAGUGUUUUUGGAUAUCUGGGUCCUUAAUCUUUACUCAUUUAAGUUUGUGUCCUUCAGAUGAAAAGUGCCAACUUGGCAACAAUCUCACCAUCUAAUAGAAUUCUGCUUUUGAAGCUCUUUCCUUGGCACUUCAAAUUUGACAACUAUCAAACAUAAAGAAGAAAAUUAUUUACAUUAAAGUUUUAUUAUUUUAUAUAUAUUUUUUUGGUCUGAAGUUGUAAAAGAAGAAAAAAAAAAAGAUGGGCUAAUUGAAGUGAUGUUAAGUGAUUGCUUGGACAAGUUUUUGAUGAGUUUUUUGUUGCGCAAGAUUCAUUGUCCUUCCUUCAUUUGCUUUUGCAAGCCAUCUCCUCAUAUUUACACUCCUGGACCAUUGAAAUUGGAGAACUCCCCAAAUGUCCCUAAAAAACCUGUCACAGUUCCUGAUCAUAACUCUGAUAGUGAUAAUCAAUUGCCUGGUGAUAGCAAGGUAAUUAAGGAGGAGGAAGAAGAGAUCUUGGAUGGGAAACAAGAACAAUUCGAUGAGAAUUGCCUCAAAAGUAAUCUCAGGAAGCCGAAUUCGGACUCCGCCAAUCCGGCAGAGAAGCCGAAGAAGAGAGUGCAGUGGACGGACCUUUUAGGCAAAGAACUCGUUGAGAUCAGAGAAUUUGAAUCCAGUGAAAUAGAAGAUACUGACAAUGAGGCUGAGGACAAUAGAGGUUGCAUGUGUGUUAUUUUAUGACACCUAUCAGUCAGUUUCAUUUCUGCAAAAUUUCUAAAGGAACUACAUCAAUGACAAGAAAGGAUAGUCUAGAUCUUAUUUUCAUGGAAAAUCUUUAGUUAUGAAAAUUGCCAAUAACUUUUUUGGAACUUCUGCAACUUUCUCAGCUCUCUGAUGUCAAAGAGGCAUCAUUAGAACUCAAUACUGGAAUUUGAGGGGCUAAAUAUUAAGGAUUUGUAAAGAAUUUGAGGAUCAUGGAAUAUAAA